AUGAUCUCACUACCAGCGACAACCAACGUUGUGACCGAUGACCACCCCACUGGCAACUACUUCAAGGCAGACGAGAAGUAUCUCUACUAUGACAUCACACACAAACUUGAAGGCAUCGAAACUGAUGCAGCCAAGUUUUGUGAUAUCCCGUUGACGACAUUCAACAGAUACUACAAAGCACAGAAGGGAGGCAAAUGGAAACGAGAGAGGAUCAUCAAACUAAGAGAGUUGAUUGCCAACCCGGAGACACCAAACGAUACUAGAGAGUCUAGUAUCAAGGAGCUAAAGACUUGUACUGCAACAUGCAUAAUCAAAGUCAAACGUAACAGACCCAAGUCUGGUAAACCCCGUCCAGCCAAACAAAGCAUCCCCAGCCCAAAGCAAGGUAUCCUCAACCAAAGGCAAGGCGGCUCCAGCCAAGGGAAAGGCGACCCUAGCCAACAACCCAACGUAGCAACGACCCCGUACCAAUAA